AUGUGCGCGCACUUGGCGCUGCCCCCGUACCCCGCGUACCCCGGCGGGGCUGCCAGGGGCUGCCUGGAGCUCUGCUGGAACGCGGCGGGGGACGCGGGACAAGCGCCCACAGCGGCUGGGCCCGCGGGAAACGCCGCGGCCGGGCGCUCUCCGGAGGCUGCGGGCAGGAGGCACACAGCAGAAGUAUCCCCAGCUUCAUCCAGUUCUGGGAAUUUCAGCCAAUUCACACCAGAUUCAGCCACCAGUCCACAUUCCUCAUCCUUGUCCCCACAGCCUACAGCUAAGUCUCAGAAGGGCAGAGAAUAUGGUGUGGAGGGGAUAAGGAAGACCAAGAGCCGGACAGCUUUCUCCAAGGAGCAGCUGCUAACCCUGCACCAGCGCUUCCAGAGCCAGAAGUACCUCAGCCCCCAGCAGAUCCGGGAGCUGGCUGUUGCCCUGGGGCUCACCUACAAGCAGGUGAAGACUUGGUUCCAGAACCGGAGGAUGAAGCUGAAAAGGUGCCAGAAGCAGAGCCUGUGGAGCGAACGGGCUCAGUGUCUCACGCAAAAUGGCUUCCAGAGCGGUACUUACCUGGAUGUGCACCCCAAAUUCCACCAGGGCUACCCCAUCACCACAGCUGGCAACAUCCAAAGCAUGCCUUCCCCCUGUCAACACUAUGGAGCAGGGCAGAACGCUUACACAAUCGUGACCAGCGAGGAUGGAGGAGUCUUUGGCAAAGGCGGGGCGACCUGCAGUGUCCAGCAGACAGUGGGCUUCAUUGCUCAGCACAAAGUAGACUUUUACCACAGCUAUCCUGGCAGUGUGGAAUAUCCAGGCUCCAAGACAGGUGAUGGCUGUAAUUUUCACCACUCAGCCACUCUGGGGGCUCCUUUCCCAGCUGCUGCCAGCCAUCAUCUUUAUCAUUCCUAAGCACUGUGGAUGUGGGGUACUUGGGCAGCAAGGAAUCAAAUCUUAUUCUCAUCUCUCCCUUUG